AUGACGGAAGUGAUCGAGAUGCUCAUGAUCAUACUGAUCGUUACGCUCUGCUUCCUGAUGAUCCCGUUCAACACGAAACCGAGUGCGGUGAUUGAGUCGCGCCGCAAGUUUGACGUUUUCGUGCGCCUGUACGACAAACCUUAUCGUGGUGAUGCGCGCGAGUACGCGUACCGGUUUCAGAUCUUCCGGACGUCGCUGAGCAAAAUUAAGCAGCUGAACGAUCGGGCCCGGGAAGCGAACGAUACAGCGAUCUACGGCAUUACGCAGUAUGCCGAUCUGACCGAUCGCGAGUUUAUCGCCCGCCAGCUGGCCGAUUUGUUUCCGGACGACGGUGGGUCGCCGCGAACCUACCAGAAGUAUGUGAUUGAGUCGCGCAGUGCGGAGAUGAAGAACGACAUCAUAUUUUCCCGGGCGCGUCGUGCGCUUCAGAUGCCGAACAAUCUGCCACGGACGGUCGAUUGGCGUGCCCAGGGCGUCAUUUCAACGGUCAAGAACCAGGGUAGCUGUGGAGCGUGCUGGGCGAUCAGCGUGGUCGACACGAUAGCGGCCCUAGCGGCGAUCAAGCGAAACGAUCGCAAGCUGAUCGAGCUGUGCCACGAGCGGGUGGUGCGGUGUGCGGCGAACGGGAACAAUGGUUGCGAUGGUGGUGACACCUGCCGCUUGUUGGAGUGGUUGGCGGAAGAGAGCUACCGCAUUGUGGCGGCCGAAUCGUGUCUCGAGCGCAACAUGGUUGAUCAGGACGGGAACUGUACGGGUGAAAAGUCCUUGGUAGAUGGAUUGCGACGGGAGGAUACGGCUUUGAAUACCACGAUAGUGAAACGAUUCUCUUGCCAAGACUUUGAAAAUGAAGAACAUCUUAUGCUGCGCCAUCUUGCAACCAAGGGACCGAUCGUGGCCGCAGUGAAUGCGAUCUCGUGGAAAUACUAUCUCGGUGGCGUGAUACAGUACCAUUGCGAUUCGGACUAUGAGCGGCUUAACCAUGCGGUAGCCAUCGUGGGCUACGAGCUGAAUGCCACAGUACCGUACUACAUCGUCAAAAACUCCUGGGGACCACGGUUCGGUGAUCGCGGUUACGUAAAGGUGGCGAUCGGCCGGAACUUGUGUGGUAUUGCUAACCGUGUUUCUUUCAUUGAGCUGAGCGACGUGAACCUGGUGCGAACGUUUUACUUUGUAUGA